CAGUGAGAGGGGUGCCACCACCACACAGUGAGAGGGGUGCCACGACCACACAGUGAGAGGGGUGCCACCAUCAACAUGUCGUGGAGGAGACUGACGACCCAGGCCUGGAUGGCAGCUAUGGUUCUCCUGGCCCAAGACACGGCCACUAUCCGCAUCACCCACGUGCGGGUACCGGAGACGGUGGAGGCCGGGGGAGAGGGAGACCUGGAGUGCUCGUGGGAGGAGGACAGCGACAACGUGUACUCCAUCAAGUGGUACCAGGGAGCCCACGAGUUCUACCGCUACACGCCCACCGCCGCCCACCCCGUCCAGAUCUUUGACCCGCCCACCCUCGAUGUUGACAAGAAGAAGUCUUGGGGCGGCAGCGUACACAUUGCCAACGUGACCACGGCAGCAGAAGGCGCCUUCCACUGUGAGGUCUCCGCUGACGGGCCCACCUUCCACACCGCCUCCGCGGCUGCCACACUCAUGGUCCUUGACCUGCCUGACGAGGGCCCGGUAAUUACAGGUGUGAGGCGACAGUACCUGGCGGGGGAGGGUGUUGACCUGUUGUGCACCUCCCACAGGGCCAGACCUGCCCCCCACCUCUCCUUCACAGUCAACAGUCAGCCGGCGUCGCCAGGGUGGCUGGAGCCGCAAGCGGACGUGGGAGAGGCUGGGGAGCUGAUCACCAGCUCCCUGCGGCUGCGGUUCUCCCUCCUGCCGCGCCUGCUGCGGGGCGGCGAGGUGUGGGUGCGGUGCCUUGCGGAGCUGCCAGGCGUAUACCAGAAGGAGACCCAGGCUGUCCUCUCCACCAUGCCCCCGUACCCGGCCUCCGUCCUGGGUGGUGGGGCUACAGGUGUGAGACCAGCUCUGAUCGUCGCUGGUCUGAUCUUGGUUCUGCCUUUCCUGGGGAUCCUUCAACAUCCCUGAAUGGGCUCCAACAUACCUGAAUCUUCUACAUCAUCUCUGAGUCGUCUACAUCAUCUCUGAGUCGUCUACAGCAUCCCGAAGUUGUCGACAGCAGCCCUGAUUCAUGUAUAGCAUCCCUGUGUCGUCUUCAGCAUCCCUGAGUUGACUACAGCAUCCCUCGAGUCGUCUUCAGCAUCCACAGCCUUUUAGUGCAUCGUUUAAUCAUUUACCACGUGUCAAUUACCCACACACAUCCUCUCCCAUACCCACGUGUCAAUGUUUAUAACCUAAAAAGUAAACAAGUAUCAGCUGAUCAGUCGACCAUCUUAUUGUGUACAUAAAUAUUCUUUCCUGUAUGUUGUAUAAUGUAUAAAACUAUACAUUUUUGUGUGAAAUUAGGGCUCUUGUGAAUUUUAUUGAUCAAUGUAUUUAUAAACCAUGU